ACCAAUGAACCUUCUUAUUCCGAGUGCCAAGUCUUCUUCCCGGUGGAACAGUCAACGAGGGGCGCAAUCGUAAUAAGAUAAUAUACAACAAAGAAUAGGAAGGAGCAAGAGUCAAUGGUUUGCAGAUUACUUCUUCUUCCACUGGUCUCUUCUUCGGCCUUGGAUAGAUCAUGGCGAGCGGCGGCAGUGUUGUGGUCACCCCGGUGGCCGUAGCGUCUCCCGCAGGCCAAAACCACCACUUAUACCACUACCUCUCUCCGUUCACCGCCACCACCACCACCACUCCCUCCCCUUACGUCAACUCCUCGACCUCCGCCGCCCACUGGAUUUCGCGGCCGUCCCUCCUGCGCCACCUCAACCUCCUUCUCCGUCUCCUCGGCUUCGUCCUCUCCUUCGCCUCCUCCCUCUCCCUCGCCCUUCCAUCUCCCCAGAAAGCCAGUGGCAGUCGGCGACCCUUCAGCUUCCAGCACCACCCCGAGUUCAGGUACUGCAUCGUUGCGACGAUCGUCGCUUCGCUCUACUGCGCCCUGCAGCUGUUCAAAGGCAUAUGGAAUAUAGCUUCCAAGGGAUUCCCUGUUCCCGAGAAAGUCUCAGACUACAUCACCUUCGUCUGGGACCAGGUCGUGGCUUACCUUCUCAUGUCUUCCUCCUCGGUGUGCCUGCUUGCCACCCAACUCAAUACCCCGAGUAGGUUCCGAGCCGCAGCUAUCGUUUCCACUACUGCUUCUUUUGCGGCCUUUCUUGCCGUUGCCGCAUCGGCUCUGCUCGCGGGUUACAGGCUCUGCAAGAGGAUUAUAUGGUGAUCUCUAUACACAGGAAAAGGACGAUCGCACUGACAAAACGAGAACGGCAACCAAACGACAUGUUCUUAUUCCUGGAAACUGGAGUUUUAUGUAAUUAAUGUAAAAUGAAUUGAGAUUAACAGUGAAAGUAUAUAAUUAUGUGCUCGGGAGGUUGAUAGAUUUUAAGACAGACUUCUGAUUAA